UUCCCCCCGUUCUCCGGACAGUGAACUUCCCAUCUCCGCUAUCUACUUCCCUCCUACAGCUCGGCACCUCUUCCUGCUGUGCAUCACCACAAAACACCCACAAAACAACCUCAAUUGAACCUAAUACCUUGAUACCUACAAACCUCACCCGCAAAAAAACACAACCAUCACAAUGAUCACCGACGAUGAGCUCCACCGCCUGGCCGUCUUCCUCGGCAGCUGCGCCAUGAUGAUGAUUGUCCUCUACCACUUCCUCGAAGUCAAUGCCAAGGACGACGGCGCCGAACUCGACGCUUCCGCUGAUCAGAAGGUGCCCGGGGUCUCACAGGAGACGGCUGCGGCUGCUGCGGCCGUGGGAUCGUCGUCGUAGAGUGUGAAAGGGGAAGAAAGGUCUGGCUAGGGGGGAUGUAUACCCACAACCUGAACGUUUUGACUGCUAUUUUCUUGUUUCUUUCUGUCGUGUUUAUUCCUGUGUUCUGUGUCUCGAGUCUAGUUCAAGCGAAUGACUACGGGGUGGAAAAGACCAAAAGGCAAUGGGCUUG